CGACAGCUGGGAGCCGCGCGAGAGGAGGACAGAGCGAGCGCGAGAGGCGGCGGUGCCUGCAACGCUUCCCACAAAACUUUCUGCAGCAUGGGAGACAAGAGGAGUCCGACGAGGCCAAAAAGGCAAGCGAAGCCCUCCUCUGACGACGGCUAUUGGGACUGCAGCGUGUGUACAUUCAAGAACACCGCCGAAGCGUUCAAAUGCAUGAUGUGCGAUGUCAGGAAGGGCACGUCAACCCGGAAACCUCGUCCUGUUUCCCAGCUGGUAGCCCAGCAAGUCACACAGCAGUUUGCUUCAGCCACUCUGCCCAAGAAAGAGAAAAAGGAGAAGACGGAGAAGGAUAAGAAUGAGAGAGAACCCACACUGAAAAAGAACAACCACAAGAAAAUGAGGCCCAGGUUAAAAAAUGUGGACCGAAGCAGUGCACAGCAUCUGGAGGUGACGGUGGGAGAUCUGACAGUUAUCAUAACAGACUAUAAGGAGAAAACAAAGCCCUCGUCCAGUUCAUCCUCCAGCGCAACAUCUGCAGAUCACCACAGCCAGAGUGGGUCCAACUCAGACAACACAGAGAAGGGCAUUUCCAGAUCCUCGUCCCCUCGAGGAGAAGCUUCCUCACUCAAUGGGGAAUCUCACUAGAAAACCGUGGAUUACUUCCAAAAAUAUAUCCAUUUUAAAAAUCAACAGGACCACGCUUAUGUAUGCCAAGACUUACAGACUUAACCCAGCAAUAUAAGCCAUCUCUCACUACUACCACAGUUAUAGGAUCUGGAGACAUAGGAUUUGACUCGUCCUCGUUUGUUACAACACCCAGUAGGUCAGCUUGAGAUGAGCUGUAGACUUUGUAAGCAAUUUUGAUGAUUGAAUUCGAUGACAUUUUUGGCAAUUUUAUUAACAUCGUAGUAUUAUGAAUCGAAUAAGUGUUGUCUGUUUGGAUUCGGACAUCAUCAACAGUCAUUCUUGUUUGUUUUUACUGCCGUGACUAAACUAUUUCUUCAAACAACAAUCUGUAAUUGCUUCAACAGCACCUGAGGCUUACAAAACAUGUUGAUUCAACUGGAACGCUGUCAAAAAUGUAUUUGCUUUUACAUGAAUGAAAUGUCAGUUGCGGUUAAUAUACUUUAAAUGCAUUACAGGGUGGGCAUCAAAAGGGUUAUUUUAACCCAAAAUGAACGUUUUAUACUUUCAAAUCCAUAAGACUUUUGUUGAUCUUUAAAACAGAAAUGAAGAAAUUUUGAAUAAUUCUGUAAGAUUUCUUUUCAUUCAAAGUCUGUUCAUCUAAAACUCUGAUGCUACCAUCAUAAAGAGAUCAAAUUUAUAUGAUGAACGGAUUUAAUUUGUGCUUUUAUUUACAAACUUUGAACGGAGGGAUUGACAUCUUUCAUAUUUUAUUAAGAAAAUCUUCUUUCGUUCCAAAGAUGAGCAAAUGUGUUAUGAAUAUUUGUUUUGGGGCCAUCCAUGAGUAACUGUGAACGAAACGGGAUUUCCUUUCUUUUUUUUUAUUUUGUUGUUGCACCUGCUGGUACUUUGUACGGUUUUAAGAGAAAAUCUUGAAAUUGUUUGUUCAUUUGUUCUCCUUCAUGCCUUUUUUUAAAACAUUUGUCAUGGUAGAUUGCAUCACUUGUUCGGCUAGUUGUUCUUCCAGCUGUUUUAUUUUAGAUUGUCUCUAUAAUUCUGUUAAAUUCCACAUGAAACAAGGUUUAUGACUAAAAAAGAUGGAAGAAAUGUAUUUGUAAUGAUGAUGAUUCAUCCCUUCCUUUAUGAUGGUAAUGGUGGUAUAUAAAUAUAUUGCAGUAUAGGAAAUAUCUCUUAAUAAAAUUUAAGAUUUAGAC